GCCGCUCAGGACCCACGCAGGCCUGCCCGGUGCGAUCCCGGCCCGCUGUAGCCUCGAGGUACCCGGCGCGGCGCUGCCCGCCGGCGGCCGCGGGUUCCUCCCCUCGCCGUCUCCUCCGCCCCCUUUUGUGGUGGUGCCAGGCGGCCGUGGGGCUUCCUGCUGACGCCGAGCCGCGGAUGGGCAGGAAGGGCAGCCGGCGCCUCCGCUGCCUUUCCUCCUCCCGCCGCCGUCUCCAUCUCCUCGGCAGCCGGCUGCCUCCUCGCCCCCUCUCGCCCCACCGGCAGGAGCGCGGCAGCUCGGGAGCCGAGCGCAGGUGCGGGGCAGGCCCGGUGGGGACGGGCACGGGGACAAGCGGCCGCGCUGAGGGAAGACGUCGGCCUCCCUCGCCGUCCUGGGAAGGGGCAGUAAGGCCCCCGGCUGGCCAUGGUAGCCCCCGGCCUUUGAGCUGCGUCGGCCGCGCCCCCUCGCCGAUGGCUGAAGCCUGGAGGCUGGAGGAGGACGAGGAGGAGCUGCGGGAUCUCGGCAGGCGGCACCGCCGGGCCCUGGGCUCGGUAGCAGAUCGCUCUGAAAGAAAUAAACCAGACUGCCGCUCUUCAGGCCAAGGACCCUUGUCAUCCAUAAGAGCAGCAAUCAAGAGAUCUUCUCGGACUUCUAGCCAUAGUGAACAGCAGAGGGACAGAAGGCGUCCUGAAAUUACAAUAGUUGCUGCUGAGCCCCUGCGGCCAUCCUCCUGGUUUCCAGGUGCAAGCCCUGUUGCUCCUCAGGGAUUAGGAUUCCCUUCUGCUUCACCUCAUGCUCAGUGGAGGACAAAUGAGCUUAUUCCAGCUGAGCUUCCUCCAUCUUAUGAGCAGGUGAUAAAGGAAAUAAAUCAAGUGCAAGUGAAUACAACAAAUAACAAUAAUGCUGCUGCUCCCAGACAUACCACUACUUCUGCAACACAAACUGACUUUCCAAGGGAACUAAUCAGCCAUGUACCAGGAAGUAAUGUAGAAAGCAGUGUGCCUACACACUGGGAAUCUACAAACUAUCCAGGGCCAAGUCCCCUGAAGCCUCCUAGGCCUUCUGCAUCUCUCUUGAACAGAUCUUCUUCAGAAAAUGAGACUUCCUUAAUAGUUCAUGAAAAUUCUGAAGGUCAGAGGCGUCAAGAAAAUCCCAGUGCUGUGAUAUGUCCUGUGCCAAAGCCAAGAUCAAGAAGCAAUCUCAGACCUGUGGUCAAAAACACUGAAAGUCAGAUAAGAGACAAUGGGGAAGAAGUGAACCAGUCUGAUGUGAAGAGGCAGCAACUUUCAGUUCAGCAGUCGUCUGUCUUAGAUGAUAGCUUACUAGACAAUCACUUGACAGUGGACAGCAUGAGUACAGGCAAGAGCCAAAGUAGUAUUGUUUCAAGGAUCAAAGUUUUUGAAACCCAAGGAGCUAAUGAUACCUCAGGAUUAUUAAAGAAACCAGAAAUUGCCCCUCGUUCAUUCGCCACAAGGCCUGUACCUGCAAAGAAGCCAGUAGUUGCUCCAAAGCCAGGGGUAAACAGAGUUUCAGGAGACUGGGAUGUAUGGACAGAAAGCAAACCAACACCUUCCUCCAGAGAAUUGCAGCUUCAACCUGAAGCAGUUGGGAGUAGUGUUGUAGCCAAACCUGAACUGCCAAAGAAACCCAAACCUGGCCUUGUAAAAAGUAGUAGUAGCGAUUUUCUUGAUGCAAAGAGUGGCUCAGUGGCAGAGAAUGGCAACGAACAAAGGAAGUUUCCUGUUCCUGCUCCAAGGCCUCUUAUUCCUAAAAAGUCGCAUUCUGUAGAAAAUCCUGCCCUUUCUUUGGUCCCUCUAAAACCAAUCUCUGCUCCACCACGGACUUCAGUAUCUGCCCAAGAAAAAGUUUCCAAGUCUCUGGGGGAAUUGUCACCCACAGAGAACUCAGCACCUGUUUUGCAAAGUAAGCUAGAUCUGGGAGGAGAUCUGAUCAGUUUUGAUGAUGAUGUUUUGCCCCUCAGUUCACCUUGUGCAGUUAAAGACAGCAUCAGUUGUGAAGCAGCAGCAGAUCCAUUCCAGUUUCUUCCCAAAACUGAACCAGCAAAGGAACAGGCAGCUCAACCAGCUCUAGCGCGGAAACCCACUGUUAUCCGAAUCCCAGCUAAACCUGGAAAAUCUUCAGAUGAAAUCCCACAUAGCCCUCCACCACUUCCUGCUGAAAAGCCUAUAGGCAACACCUCUGACAUCACAGCGGGCAAACCCAACAGUGGUGACCUAUUAAAAAACGUGGAUUUGAAUCAUUCAGAACAAGCUGGAGCAUCUCAACCAGAACCUGCAUUACCCUCAAGGCCUGUGGAUGGAAAAAUUACACCAGCUCGACCUCCCCCACCUAAAGGUGUUCCUGGAAGGCCACCUCCACCAAAAUUCUCUUCAACCAAGACCUCUUCCCAGAAGGAUGCUCUUUCCCGAUCUAUUUCUGACAUUGCUUCUGAUAAAAAACCAAGCAAGCUCAGAUUGGGACCCAAAAGAACGAAAAGCCAAGUCUUAAAAAGUCAAGAUCCAGCUUUACCUCCUAGACCUAAGCCAGGUCAUCCCCUCUAUAAUAAAUACAUGCUGUCUGUGCCUCAUGGAGUUGCCAAGGAAAAUUGCCUUCCCAGAAACCAUGGAGAACUGUCUCGUAAGGAUUCAAACAGUUCUACAAAAGUUUCUGACAAAAGUGCUCCCCAUGCUGUAGCACUGCAUGAUUUUUCUGCAGAGCAUGCUGAUGACUUGGAACUUCGUUCUGGAGAUACUGUUUAUCUUUUGGAGAGAAUCGAUGCCAAGUGGUACAGAGGAAAAUGUGGGAAUCGCACAGGGAUAUUUCCUGCCAGCUUUGUUAAAGUGGUUAUUGAUGUUCCAGAAGAUGGCAAAAGGAAAAAAAUACCCUGCUCCUCGCAAUCCAUUAAGGGUCCAAGAUGUGUAGCACGAUUUGAAUACAUCGGAGAUCAGAGAGACGAACUCAGUUUUUCAGAAGGUGAAACAAUUGUCCUUAAAGAAUAUAUAAAUGAAGAGUGGGCCAAAGGAGAACUCAGAGGCACGUCUGGAAUUUUCCCCUUGAACUUUGUGGAAAUAAUUGAAGAUCUUCCUGGAAAAGGUACAGGAGGAGCACAGAAGAAAAAAGAGGAGGUUUCUUCUCCCAUUCUUCAGAACAACCGAUGCUCAGUAGAGUGGUGUGAAGCACUUCAUGACUUUACAGCAGAAACCAAAGAUGACUUAUCCUUUAGAAAGGGAGACUACAUCCAAAUACUGGAACAAGUAGAUUCUGAGUGGUACAGAGGGAGACUGAAUGAAAAGGAAGGGAUUUUCCCAGCAGUUUUUGUUCAGACCUGCUCAGCCAGGGUAGAGACAGCACAGUCUCUAGGAGGGAAGAAAGGGAAAGCUAAAGCUCUCUAUGAUUUUCAUGGUGAAAAUGAAGAUGAGCUUUCCUUCAAAGCAGGAGAUUUUAUAACAGAGCUGGAAUCUGUAGACGAGGACUGGAUGAGUGGAGAGAUACAAGGAAGAACUGGGAUAUUUCCCAAAAACUUUGUUCAGAUUUUAACAACUCCAUGAAGUGUUGCCUGUCUUUGUACUCCCUGUGUCUGGGAGAGAACGUUUUCAGCAAAGACAUCAAUGUAUUCUGACUAUCUAUGUUUUGCACUACUUAUCCUGGACAGUCUUACUAGUAUCUUGAAGUCAAAAAAGAUUUUAGUCUUUUGUGACCAUGUAGUUAGUCAUGCUUCAGGAAAAGCUCUGAGAGCAAAAUACAUGCGCAAUUUUUAGUGGUCUCCAGCUAGGGAAAUAGUGUGGUGCAACACCAGUGAAAUAGUAUUCUGUUUACUAUCUGGUAUUACAUUUAUCAUGCACAGCCUCUGCAUAAAGUAAGCUUAUUUGAGCUUCCUUAAGAACUGUUUAAAGUGAUGUUUUUAAUAUAUUAUUGCAGCAGUCGGUAUGUAGAUCAAGUUCAAUAUUCAGGUUUCUUUACUGCUUCUACUUUAGCAGAAGAAUUCACUUAUGACUUAGAUAACUUAUAGUAGAAAAAUGUCAAAUUAAACUGUUAAGAGGGAAAACUCAAGCAAAUCCUUGCGUUCUUAGCCCAAGCAGCUCAUGAAGAGAAAUCAGAAAAGACAUAAGUAUUUUUCCUCUUAACUAAUAGCACUUACUUACACUGGUUUGAACCAUGCUAGACCUUUCCGCCCACCUCAAAAAUCUGUUCCAGACAGAGCCUUAGUUUUCCUACUACCCCCUUUGUCAAGCACCACCCUACCCUUCUUUCCCAGGAGGAGUUGUGAUGGACAGCAGUUACUCAACUUUCUCAGUUCCCCUCCCAGUGUAGCUGUACUAUUUCAACUAUUUGCCCCUCCACCCCCUUUUAUGUAAGUGGAAAGCCUGUCUUCACUCAGUCUACAUUUCAUUUACCACUCAAGCACUGGAACAUACUUCAGUAACGCUAUUCCUAUCCCUAACUCGAAGGAUAUUAUACAGGCUUGGUUUUGGCUUUCAGCAGGCACAGGGUUAGCUUUCAGGUUGUUAGCACGUACCAGCUAUACCAAGCAUCAUUAUAAAUGGUCUGUCACAGCCUUAAGGAAAAAAAAAUGUCUUGCAAUAGGUUACUUCAAAGAAACUCAAACAAAAUCAUUUAGUAAAAGCAGCAGCUUGACUUGAGCAACAGCAUCUGACUGUGACUGAGGUAGCCUGGACCUUCUGGCAGUAAAUGCCAUUUUGUGACACUUUGUUUCUGACAGAGUUGUUAAAUGAGUCUUGAUUAGCAGCUAACUUCAGACUGGAGGAGUAAGAAAUGUCACUGCAGUGCUGACAAUAUUCUAUCCCUUUUGUACUGUAUGGGGAAAAAAGAAGAAACCAUGAAGUUGUUACUGCGAGUCAUUGCUUCAGAAGCAUGGAUGCACAGGUACCACAACAUAAUACAAGAUCGUUCUAUCUUAAAGUUCUAGUUGAUAGAACACUUGCAGCUGAGCAGUUGAUGAAGAGUGUGCAAACUAGAAUAAUCAAGACUUACCUUGAGAUAGUUCAGCUUACUUUUGUUUUGGCUUACAGUUCUGUUGGUAGGAGGUCCAACCAUUAUGGCAACAAGUACCUACUGGUGCAAAAAGAUCACACAAAGCUUUAAUGAGCUACAAACUGGAUUUUUAAUUGCGUUAUAGGGAUUAACUUUAUAAAAACCAUUACAAUGUAUGCACUAUCCUAGAAAGAUGGAAACAUCACUGUACAGCUGUUAUUCAGUUUAAACAUCCCAACAAGCCUGUCCUGAACCGCUGGGGAAUUCAACUGAAGUCCACUCCUGAGGACAACUGUCCCUGAGCUCUGCUGCCCGGAGCUGCCCAUGGCUCUUUAUAGACAUUAGCCAGCCCCUGCAUUCUAUGGGACUCUGGCAAAGCAAAUACAAAAUAUUUCUAACUUUUCAACUUAAACUGUGGGCCACCCUCUUUAAACAGGCUGCUUCCAUUAUGACCUGUACUGAGAGAUCUUGUGGGCUCAUGAGGAGAACAACAAAAACCAAACACAACCACUCCAACAAACAGAAUACCAGAUCUUCAGAAAUUACACAAUCACUGUGGUGGGAGGAGGAGCUUAAGUGUAUAAUGUUUACUUAUGUUUUGCCUGUUGGUUUUCUAAGGUUUUGAUACAAGUCUCCAAUUAGAACUGAAUUUUUAUAAUUUUUUUCCUCUCCCACAUUUUUAUAACUGUACUAUUGACCAGUUGUUGUUUUUCUACCUUCCACUGAAUGUUUUAAAUCAGUGCCUGUCAGUAGGUUAAGUUCACUCUUACAUUAUUCAUCUCCUCCCACUCGCUGGGAAGGAAAAGCAGCAGAGCCUUAAAAGUCUGGGCAAGGAGCGCCACCUAUAAGCUGCUCACGUUACUGCAGACAGCUCUUGAAGUUUGUGGCUUGCCUUACAUAGGAAGACUUCAUACCUGCUAUCACCAUGAAACUGCAUACGGACGAGAGAAUUUCUAAGGUGUACAGUACAUUGCAGAAAAGGAAGAAUGAAGUUGGAUGCCAUUCCUAACUGCAGUGCAGUAGCAAGUUUCAGCUGUAACCUUGACAUUCAGACAGGGCCCCAUCCAUCAAGUGUAAUAGGAAAUGCUUUGAUAAGCGAGGCUUUUAUUGUUUGCCCCACCUCUGGAACUAUCUUCAGGAAGAAGACUUUGUUCUGUGUGCAAAUAACGGUGUCGUAAAUAAAUCUUUGUUAAGUCUAGUACAUUUGUUACGGUACCUCUGUAAAUUAAAAAUGUAUUUAACCAAUAAAUUUUUAUAAUUCUA